CGCGCCCUGCACGGUUGGAAUCGAGGGUGGGGGGCACGUAACAAUAGUCGGCCGCUGGGCGGAAUCACCCCCCCUCCCUGGUGCGACAUGACUUAAGAAAACCGACGGAAGAAGCGCGUUUGCGGCAGUACCGAAAGGAACAAUCGAGUAACACUGAACGCGUCAGCGAAAUUGUUUGUGCUUUAAAGGGCAGGAAUCUGUCACCUGGGUAUGGAACAGCAUCCAGAGCAUGCACUUGGAACAAGAACUGAUGAUGUUUCACUGAUUGAAGGAAUAAGCAAUCAGGUUCUUCUGACUGUAACAAUCACCAUUACAAUGUUGGGGAGUUUGGUAACAUUUCUGUAUAGAAAUGAGCAGCAAAACAUCCACCCCGAGAAUCAGGAACAUAUAAGGGAGCUCCGACAACAUCUCCAAGCUGAGGCUUUAAAUUCCCAGAAUGGAUUUGAAAGCAAUCGUCACCAGUUCUACACUGAUACGUCCUGUCCAAUUUGCUUACAGCUGGCUGUAUUCCCUGUUGAAACCAACUGUGGCCACCUUUUUUGUGGAUCCUGCAUUGUUGCAUAUUGGAAAUAUGGAACUUGGUUGGGAGCUGUAAAUUGCCCCAUUUGUAGGCAAAUGGUCACCUUGUUGUUUCCAUUGUUCACAAUGAAUGACCAACAUCCAGAAUCUAUACAAGUUAUUCAAGAUGUAAACGAUUAUAACAGAAGAUUUUCUGGUCAGCCCAGAUCUCUUAUGGAUCGCAUAAUGGAUCUACCCACGCUACUGCGUCAUGCAUUCACAGAACUGUUUUCCAUCAGUGGUCUUUUCUGGAUGUUUCGAAUACGAAUUUUCCUUUGCCUGGCUGGUGCCUUGUUUUACUUAGCGUCACCACUGGACUUUAUUCCUGAGGCUUUCUUUGGAAUUCUAGGAUUUCUGGAUGACCUUUUUGUUAUUUUUCUACUUCUCAUCUAUAUUUCCAUAAUGUAUCGGGAGGCAGUGACUCAAAGAUUAAAUAGAUGAAAUGUUCCUAUUAAAAUGAUUGCAACUAAGUUAAAAUGCAUGUUUUUCUGUAAAGGACUUGUUACUUCUGAUGAGCAGGUUAUUCUGUUGCAAACUAAUGCAAGUCUAAUUGAAAUAGCUAAGGAAAUAUGAAGCUAUUAUACUAAAUGGAAUCAUUGAGAACUGGAGAUCAUUGAGAUAUAAUUAAGGUGUCAAUUUGGGGCCUAUAGUCAUUUUUUGUUAGUGUGAAAUUUGGUUACAUGAAAAUUCAAUUAGUAGGAAAUUGUAGUUAGAUUUCUUGUUUUCACCUUGUAUAUUAAAACAAGAGAAUUGAAUACCUAUUGUAUGUACAGUUAGGAAUUUUAAUAUUAAAGCAAUAGCCAUUAUUGUAAAUAGCUGUGUGUUUUUGUACGUUUUCUAAAAAGUUUUAUUUUUAUUAGAUACUGUUGCAAUAAUUGUGGAUUUCAGCCAUGUAACAAACUGAACAAUUUGCUUAUUAAAAAUAUUAUUGAUUUGUACUUAAUUAAAUCACCAGUCUUUCUCUA